CACAGGAGAGGGUUGCUAGCAUAGGAAGGAUAAUGAACAUUCAAAGAUGCUGUGCUCAAAAAUGUGGGCUCCCAUUUCCUCGCCAUUUUAAUUUUUGCACGAAUGACUUCUGAACCUAUAAAAACCGAUCGCUUCCUUCAUCUUGCUUUCUCUUCUCUUUUGGUUUGUUUUUUAUCCUCUAUACGAAGUCCAGAACAACCAUCUUCUCCCACACAAACAUCAGAACAAAUCCAACACAAGGAAUCCCCAGUAGCUACGUCGGUUUCAAAAAUAUGAACCCCACGAAUUUACCUGAGCAAGCCUCCCGUUCCAUAAUUGGUUCAUUUUACAGCAAGGUCUGGAGGGUAAACAGGCAUGACUUGAAUCAUUUGUCGGUGAAGAAAUAUCCGACUUGGGCAAGACGAGUGAUCCAUGCUGAACGCAGUCGACGCAAGAACAAUGAAACAGAUGAACCAACAGCCGCUGAAAAGAAAAUAGUUCUGGAUUUCGGUGAAGGAAUCAGUGUGCAACUGUUCCAACCAAGUGGCAAUCAACAAGAGCCAGCCAAUAUCCAGCAACCUCAGCCAAGCGAGAAGCAACAAGAGCCAGUCGAUAUCCAGCAGCCACAGCCAAGUGAAAAUCAACAAGGGUCAGUUAAUAAUCAGCAAUCCCAACCAAGUGAGAAGCCAGAAGGACCAGUUAAUGAUCGGCAACCCCUGACAAGUGAGAAGCAACAAGGAGCAGUUAAUAAUCAGCAAACUCAGCCAAGAAAGAAGAAAAGAGGAUCAGUUAAGAAGCAGCAAUCCCAACCAAGUGGGAAGCAACAGGGACCAGACAAUAAUCAGCAAUCUCAACCAAAUGAGAAACAACAAGGAUCAGUUAAGAACCAGCGACCCCAACCAAGUGGGAAGCAACAAGGAUCAGUUAAUAAUCAACAAUCCCAACCAAGUGAGAAGCAGAAAGGAUCGAUCAAUAAUCGGCAACCUCAGCUAGGGAAGCAACAAGGAUCAGUUAAUAAGCAGCAAUCCCAACCAAGUGAUAAUCAACAAGAACCAGUCAAUGAUCAGCAACUGUCCAUCGAACGGGAAAAGGAGGAGUUUGAUGGUAAAUAUCUUCAUACACAUGUUGCAAAUGAAGCAUCAUAUUAUAUCGCCUACGACGAAACUCUCUGCAGGGAUGAUAUCAGGAUUUUAUGCAAAAAAAAAGAUAUAAAAAAUAUACCCGUGUGGGGACACUUUGUCUGCAAAACAAAGAAGUGCAAGGGACGUGAAUGGAAGUCAUCUGUUAUCGCCACCAACCUGAGGUUUUCUAAGCUUGGCAAAUCCUACAAGGCCACGCUUCAUGCCCAGCAGUGCAGUCGAUGCGGAAAUUAUGCAGAGCCUAUUGUUGAGGUGGAAAACUAUGUUGAACGGGUAAUCUCCAGAUUGGACCGGUGGAUGGGUGUUAAAAGACAUACAGGAGACAAAGAAGAGAGAAAAAAAUCCAAACGUCCUCAUGAUAUGUCUCGAUGUCAUGGAUGCAAAGUAAGAGAAUGUCCAUACAAUGGGGAAGAGGAGGAAGACGAGCGUCCAGAGAUAUUUUUCAGAUUUUUAAAUUCGAAAUAACAUCCUCCGUUUUGACAGAAAGAAACCUUUACAAAUAAUUCUUUUCAAAUUGAAUUUUUAAAAAUAU